ACAGCCCAUAAGAGCAAGCACCAUUUUGCAUGGGAGAAUUUUCAAAGGCUGUCAUUGCGUGGCUUCUUUGGUGUCUCAUAAUCACUUUGUGUUCCUGCAGCCUUGCUUUAGUAGAAUGACACCUGGCAAAGAGAAACGAAGAAUCUCCUUUAAAAAGUAAAUGUUGUAAAUUGAUGAGAGCAUAUGCUGGGAUUUCUGUUUUGCUGAAUUUAGGAGGAAUUGGUCCACGGAUUGAAAAUUAUUGGUAAUGGGAAUUAGAGGAAAACAGAAAAAAGGGCGCGCACCCAGCAUACAGUUGUGUAGGUCCGUUUCUGGAGGAUGAGUUUAAAAGUGCUUAAUUGUGGUGAUACCAUAAAUAUCAUGAAAUAAAUCAUGUAGUACAGCGUGGUAGUGUGAGCAAAGGCAGAGAGCUAAAGCAGUACAAAUAGCUGCCAAGGCUUCUGAAGGGCAGCUGUGACACUGAUGUUCUGGAUCCUCUGCCCUUGUAGUUCCAGACCGUAGUUCGUUCAUUCUUCAUCUCCUUCCUAUUCCACAGCUCCAGUGUGUUUCUUCAACUCUUCGAAGCUCUCCCCAUGACAUACCUAAGCUCCAGCUGAUUGUUCCACUUGCCUUUACACAAAUCAAAUGCACCAAUAAUGUCCUUUCUCUCAUCUUCCUACAAAGAAGAGGGUCUGUAUGCUGGGUCAGAAGAUGUGUCACUUCCAUAGGUCUGCACACAUCUCUUGCCUUCUUCCCUCACCUGGGUCGUUUGUUUAACCCCUCUAUCAGCUGUCACCUCCAUGAGCUGCAUAUGGAACAGCUUUCUUUGCCAAAGUGGUGAAGGCAGUGCUGAAAUUUCCUUUGUCUCAAAAUGUGUUGUAGGUAAUUUUGAAUGCUAAUUACUGAGCUACACAAAGUGCUGGAUGUGUUCUGACCCUGAUGAGGAGAGAUGCUGCAUGUUGUAUUUCAUUAAAAGCAGCCAGUGUGGAUUCUGGCAGUGCUGUCCUUAUGCUGGAUGACAGUGAGAACUUGAAGUCAGGUCUUAUCAAACAUCCUGGAGUUCAAGUGGAACCGUGUUACCAAUGCUGUCAGAGAAGGAAUGGAAACAAAAUGCCCUGCUCCCUGCAUUUUUAAAUGUGUAUUUCAGUAUCAGACUGUAAUACAUGUUUUUCUUCCCAACAGAAAAGAAAAGCUGUGUCUUACACUUUGCAAAGGAAUGUUUCCAUGCCUUUCUGUCAGUACGUUGAAGGGUUGUAUACUGGUGCUGCGGAAUGAAAGCCCUGCUGAGUGGCUGCUGUGUUUCCUGGACUGACUGUUGAGACUGGAUUUUGAAUUCUUUUCAUGACAGAGGUUUCCAAGUAGUUGUCUUGCUAUAACUUUGAGAAGAAGUUCUAUGUAGCUCUUACUUUUGAGAGUGCUGCGAAAAUGAUUACUUCAGAUUUGCCAGUACUACAGGAUUCUACAAAUGAAACUACUGCACAUUCAGAUGCUGGCAGUGAGCUUGAAGAAACAGAAGUCAAAGGAAAAAGAAAAAGGGGCCGUCCUGGCAGGCCUCCAUCUGCCACUAAGAAACCUCGGAAGUCUCCAGGAGACAAAGGUCGUUCUGAAUCUGGAGCCAGAGGAGCAAGUCGUGGAAGAGCUAAUGGCCACCCUCAGCAGAAUGGAGAAGGAGACCCUGUCACUUUGUUCGAGGUGGUUAAGCUGGGAAAGAGUGCUAUGCAGUCUGUGGUGGACGACUGGAUUGAAUCAUAUAAACAAGACAGGGACAUAGCACUUCUGGAUUUAAUCAACUUCUUUAUCCAGUGUUCAGGAUGUCGAGUGUACAAAUCCUCCCAGAGACACUCUGCUCGUCAGCAAAAGGAGACAAAAGAUCUGUUAAUCAAGGAAAAUAAGCCUUUUUUUAACAGAAGAGGAGGGAGUCGGGCUUGGGUUGCCUUCAAAUGGGAAGAAAGAAGCUGUUCUUGGCGCGUGAGGAGCUGA